GCUCGCGAGAUAGAACGCAUGUCCGUUGUGUUAUAAAACCGGUGUUGCGCGGGAGUUGAUACGUUUUUGUUUUUACUAAAUUUUGACAGUGACAGUUGCAGUGCAUCUCCAGUGUAUGAAAUCUGAGGACUGAAAGCGAAACUUAAACAUCUACGUGCGCAGAUAAUCGGAGAGAGCAUGCUGACUAGACUGCUGACGAUAGCACUGGUGGCAGCGAGCUGGCGCACCAGCGACGCUUGUUCGUGCUCGCUUGAACAUCCACAGACACACUUUUGUAACAGUGACUUUGUAAUUGUUGGACGAGUUCAAAGACUGUUUAGAGGCAAAGAUUUCUACGACGCUUACAAAGUGAAAAUCCGAAGCGUUUUUAAGGCAACUCCAAAGGCGGCUUUAGCUUUAAAAUCGGGCCGAAUUUUGACGCCUUCACAGGAUUCAUUAUGCGGUGUUAGCCUCCAGCCUCGAGAGACCUAUGUCAUUACGGGUCGCGUGAUGCACCUGCAAGCACACGUCCAGCUGUGUAGCUACAUCAACAAAUGGCGGGAGGUGACGCCCCGACAGAGGAAAGGCUUCCGUGUUUUGUAUAGACAGGGAUGCACGUGCAAGGUGCAUAUAAACCGACGCAGUACGAAGUCUCCAAACACAUGUGUGGCUGGCUACGACGAGUGCUACGAACGACAUGGCAUCUGCUUACACGAUAGGGACAGGCGGUGCAGGUGGACUAGAGCCCCAGCCCUAACCAGGUGUCUACAGAAGCAAUAUUACAACAAUAACAGCACUAUGACUUGAGUCCCGAAACGAAUUACUAAAAUAAUUAAAAGGAGGAAUGGUCAUUUUGUACCCUAUGGCUAGGUAACAAUACAAAUUGUAAUGAUAUAAUAUAUUUAAAAAGAUCGACGCUAUGGCAGCCGUCAAAGAUUCAAACUCUUGUUUCUUUAGAUGGGAAAUAACAUCAUUACUGUGCUUCAUGCUUGUACCAACAAUUAUAUUCCUUAAUAUCUUAACUCCGUUCGCGUCGCUCAUGAUUGGCCAUACAUAUUUGGGUCGCAGGUGACCAUUUUUCUUAAACUCCUGAUCCGUUACCGUUGAGUUACUAAUGUAGAAGCUUUAACUUCAGUUUUGUCUCAAAUUUUCUAAAUUAUUUUUGCUUGUAUAUUGGCGUAGGCAGCACGGGCUAUGAUUUAAUGGUGUUUUUUUUUACUGAAAGUACCAAUUGUUAUAGCCUUCUAGUUGUUUUGUCUUUAACGGACAUUGUGUAUUAUUUAUUUUAAGUUAACUAUGAUUAAGUGAAAGUAUUGUAAAUUAACAAAUAGGUUUAAGAAUAAAGAGUUAAGCGAA